GGAAUACCUGACACUGCAGAUUGAAAACAGUGUUUGUCUCUCAAGUUAAACCAACAAGCCGAUAGAAAAAUGUAGUUAUCAAGAGAUUUUUAAAACUUCAACCCUUUUUCUCUUAUAGUUAGUGAAGAGAGUAGAAUAUCUCCAGUUUUGGCUGACAUCUCUACAACCUGAACAAUUGGCUUAAACUUCACUUGGGAUUCCCGGUUGCUUGUUUUAGCAUGGCGAAAUUUGGCGUUCACAGAAUCCUUCUUCUGGCUAUUUCUCUGACAAAGUGUCUGGAGAGUACAAAACUGCUGGCAGACCUUAAAAAAUGUGGUGACUUGGAAUGUGAAACUUUAAUAAACAGAGUCUCAGCCAUGAGAGAUUAUAGAGGACCUGACUGCCGAUACCUGAACUUCACUAAGGGAGAAGAGAUAUCUGUUUAUGUUAAACUUGCAGGAGAAAGGGAAGAUUUGUGGGCAGGAAGUAAAGGAAAGGAGUUUGGAUAUUUUCCCAGAGAUGCAGUCCAGAUUGAAGAGGUGUUCAUAUCUGAGGAAAUUCAGAUGUCAACGAAAGAAUCUGACUUUCUUUGUCUUCUUGGAGUAAGUUACACAUUUGACAAUGAAGAUAGUGAAUUAAACGGUGAUUAUGGUGAAAAUAUAUAUCCUUAUGAAGAAGAUAAAGAUGAAAAAUCUAGUAUAUAUGAAAGUGAUUUUCAGAUAGAACCUGGAUUUUAUGCAACUUAUGAAAGUACUUUGUUUGAAGACCAAGUUCCAGCAUUAGAGGCUCCUGAAGAUAUCGGAAGUACCAGUGAAUCAAAAGACUGGGAAGAAGUAGUUGUUGAAAGUAUGGAACAGGAUCGUAUUCCAGAAGUGCAUGUCCCACCAUCUUCAGCUGUGUCUGGAGUCAAAGAAUGGUUUGGAUUGGGAGGAGAACAAGCUGAAGAGAAGGCUUUUGAAUCAGUUAUUGAACCUGUACAAGAAAGCUCAUUUCGGAGUAGAAAAAUAGCAGUGGAAGAUGAGAAUGACCUAGAGGAAUUAAAUAAUGGUGAGCCUCAAACAGAACAUCAGCAAGAAUCUGAAUCAGAAAUUGAUUCAGUGCCAAAGACACAGUCUGAACUAGCAUCUGAGUCAGAGCACAUUCCCAAACCUCAAUCCACUGGUUGGUUUGGUGGAGGAUUUACAAGUUAUUUAGGUUUUGGAGAUGAGGAUACAGGGCUUGAAUUAAUAGCUGAAGAAAGCAAUCCACCACUACAAGAUUUUCCCAAUUCCAUAUCAUCUGAUAAAGAAGCCACAGUUCCAUGUACAGAAAUAUUAACAGAAAAAAAAGACACAAUCACUAAUGAUAGCUUGAGUCUCAAGCCAAGUUGGUUUGAUUUUGGUUUUGCUAUACUAGGCUUUGCAUAUGCCAAGGAAGAUAAAAUUAUGUUAGAUGACAGGAAAAAUGAAGAAGAUGGUGGGGCAGAUGAACAUGAACAUCCUCUAACAAGUGAAUUAGACCCUGAAAAAGAACAAGAAAUAGAAAUGAUAAAAAUUAUAGAAACAGAAGAUCAAAUAGACAAGAAACCAGUCUCAGAAAAAACAGACGAAUCUGAUACUAUACCAUAUUUGAAAAAGUUCUUGUAUAAUUUUGACAACCCUUGGAACUUCCAGAACAUUCCAAAGGAAACAGAAUUGCCAUUUCCCAAACAGAUACUGGAUCAAAAUAAUGUAAUUGAAAAUGAAGAAACUGAAGAAUUUUCCAUUGAUAAUUAUCCCACAGAUAAUACAAAAGUUAUGAUAUUCAAAAGUUCAUACAGUCUGUCAGAUAUGGUCUCUAACAUAGAGUUACCUACGAGAAUUCACGAAGAAGUAUAUUUUGAACCCUCAUCUUCUAAAGAUAGUGAUGAAAAUUCAAAACCAUCAGUAGACACCGAAGGGCCUGCUCUGGUGGAGAUAGACAGAUCUGUGGAAAAUACCCUGCUAAAUAGUCAGAUGGUUUCAACUGAUAACUCUUUGUCUUCUCAAAAUUAUAUUUCUCAGAAAGAAGAUGCUUCUGAGUUUCAGAUUCUGAAAUACUUAUUCCAAAUUGAUGUUUAUGAUUUCAUGAAUUCUGCAUUUUCACCAAUUGUAAUUCUUACAGAAAGGGUCUGCUGCAGUUUGCUGGAGGUCCACUCCAGACCCUGUUCGUCUGGAUAUCACCAGUGGAGGCUGCACAACAGUAAAGACUGCUGUCUGCUCCUUCCUUUGGACACUUCAUCAAGGGGCACCGGCCUGAUGCCUGCCAGAGCUCUCCUGUAUGAGGUUGUGGCAGCACUGCCUGAAGGUAUGAGACCAGAUUCUAAUCUUUAUGGUUUUCCAUGGGAAUUGGUGAUAUGUGCAGCUGUUGUUGGAUUUUUUGCUGUUCUCUUUUUUUUGUGGAGAAGUUUUAGAUCGGUUAGGAGUCGGCUUUAUGUGGGACGAGAGAAAAAGCUUGCUCUAAUGCUUUCUGGACUAAUUGAAGAAAAAAGUAAACUACUUGAAAAAUUUAGCCUUGUUCAAAAAGAGUAUGAAGGCUAUGAAGUAGAGUCAUCUUUAAAGGAUGCCAGCUUUGAGAAGGAGGCAACAGAAGCACAAAGUUUGGAGGUAGAAAAUCAAAUGGCAACCUGUGAAAAGCUGAACAGGUCCAAUUCUGAACUUGAGGAUGAAAUACUCUGUCUAGAAAAAGAGUUAAAAGAAGAGAAAUCCAAACAUUCUGAACGAGAUGAAUUGAUGGCGGAUAUUUCAAAAAGGAUACAGUCUCUAGAAGAUGAGUCAAAAUCCCUCAAAUCACAAGUAGCUGAAGCCAAAAUGACCUUCAAGAUAUUUCAAAUGAAUGAAGAACGACUGAAGAUAGCAAUAAAAGAUGCUUUGAAUGAAAAUUCUCAACUUCAGGAAAGCCAGAAACAGCUUUUGCAAGAAGCUGAAGUAUGGAAAGAACAAGUGAGUGAACUUAAUAAACAGAAAGUAACAUUUGAAGACUCCGAAGUACAUGCAGAACAAGUUCUAAAUGAUAAAGAAAGUCACAUCAAGACUCUGACUGAACGCUUGUUAAAGAUGAAAGAUUGGGCUGCUAUGCUUGGAGAAGACAUAACAGAUGAUGAUAACUUGGAAUUAGAAAUGAACAGUGAAUCGGAAAAUGGUGCUUACUUAGAUAAUCCUCCAAAAGGAGCUUUGAAGAAACUGAUUCAUGCUGCUAAGUUAAAUGCUUCUUUAAAAACCUUAGAAGGAGAAAGAAACCAAAUUUAUAUUCAGUUAUCUGAAGUUGAUAAAACAAAGGAAGAGCUUACAGAGCAUAUUAAAAAUCUUCAGACUGAACAAGCAUCUUUGCAGUCAGAAAACACACAUUUUGAAAAUGAGAAUCAGAAGCUUCAACAGAAACUUAAAGUAAUGACUGAAUUAUAUCAAGAAAAUGAAAUGAAACUCCACAGGAAAUUAACAGUAGAGGAAAAUUAUCGGUUAGAGAAAGAAGAGAAACUUUCUAAAGUAGAUGAAAAGAUCAGCCAUGCCACUGAAGAGCUGGAGACCUAUAGAAAGCGAGCCAAAGAUCUUGAAGAAGAAUUGGAGAGAACUAUUCAUUCUUAUCAAGGGCAGAUUAUUUCCCAUGAGAAAAAAGCACAUGAUAAUUGGCUGGCAGCUCGGAAUGCUGAAAGAAACCUCAAUGAUUUAAGGAAAGAAAAUGCUCACAACAGACAAAAAUUAACUGAAACAGAGCUUAAAUUUGAACUUUUAGAAAAAGAUCCUUAUGCACUCGAUGUUCCAAAUACAGCAUUUGGCAGAGAGCAUUCCCCAUAUGGUCCCUCACCAUUGGGUUGGCCUUCAUCUGAAACAAGAGCUUUUCUCUCUCCUCCAACUUUGUUGGAGGGUCCACUCAGACUCUCACCUUUGCUUCCAGGGGGAGGAGGAAGAGGCUCACGAGGCCCAGGGAAUCCUCUGGACCAUCAGAUUACCAAUGAAAGAGGAGAAUCAAGCUGUGAUAGGUUAACCGAUCCUCAUAGGGCUCCCUCUGACACUGGGUCUCUGUCACCUCCAUGGGACCAGGACCGUAGGAUGAUGUUUCCUCCGCCAGGACAAUCAUAUCCUGAUUCAGCCCUUCCUCCACAAAGGCAAGACAGAUUUUGUUCUAAUUCUGGUAGACUGUCUGGACCAGCAGAACUCAGAAGUUUUAAUAUGCCUUCUUUGGAUAAAAUGGAUGGGUCAAUGCCUUCAGAAAUGGAAUCCAGUAGAAAUGAUACCAAAGAUGAUCUUGGUAAUUUAAAUGUGCCUGAUUCAUCUCUCCCCGCUGAAAAUGAAGCCACUGGCCCUGGCUUUGUUCCUCCACCUCUUGCUCCAAUCAGAGGUCCGUUGUUUCCAGUGGAUACAAGAGGCGCAUUCUUGAGAAGAGGACCUCCUUUCCCCCCACCUCCUCCAGGAGCCAUGUUUGGAGCUUCUCGAGAUUAUUUUCCACCAAGGGAUUUCCCAGGUCCACCACCUGCUCCAUUUGCAAUGAGAAAUGUCUAUCCACCGAGGGGUUUUCCUCCUUACCUUCCCCCAAGACCUGGAUUUUUCCCCCCACCCCCACAUUCUGAAGGUAGAAGUGAGUUCCCCUCAGGUUUGAUUCCACCUUCAAAUGAGCCUGCUACUGAACAUCCAGAACCACAGCAAGAAACCUGACAAUAUUUUUGCUCUCUUCAAAAGUAAUUUUGACUGAUCUCAUUUUCAGUUUAAGUAACUGCUGUUACUUAAGUGAUUACACUUUUGCUCAAAUUGAAGCUUAAUGGAAUUAUAAUUCUCAGGAUAGUAUUUUGUAAAUAAAGAUGAUUUAAAUAUGAAUCUUAUGAGUAAAUUAUUUCAAUUUUAUUUUAGACGGUAUAACUAUUUCAAUUUGAUUAAUCCACUAUUAUAUAAACAAUAGUGGGAGUUUUAUAUAUGUAAUCUUGCAGGUGGGGAGGCUUUAAAUUCUGAAGUCUAUGUCUUUAUGCCAAGAACUGUAUUUACUGUGGUUGUGGACAAAUGUGAAAGUAACUUUAUGCUUAAAUAAAUUUUAGUUGAUUUAAAGAUUUGUUUGGCAUUGAUAAUAAUAAAAUCAGUAGUUUUUCUAUAA